AGCUGCGCUUUGUUGGUGCUGUUGCUAGGAGACCAGCCACCGUAAGCUCCAUUUAACCUGGAAGCAGGUUAAAUUAACUGUUUCUAAAACGGGUUAAAUUAACUGAGGUCGCUUUAAAAACAAGUUGGAAGUGAAAAUGUCGGACGGAGAGCUGGACAAACAGAAGCUGAAGGGGGAUUUCUCCUGUCUGGUGGCCAACGGACGCUGGUUGUUUCUGAAGGGGGAGAACCAGAAGGCCGCGGACAGCUUCGCCUCGGCUCUGGCUUUAAAUCCAGAUGAUAAGAACUGCUUUGUUGGUCGAUCCAAGUGUUUCCUGAAGAUGGGUCAUUUUGACCAAGCUUUAAAAGAUGCUGAAGCUUCACUGAAAGGAGACACAACAUUUUCUGAGGGACUAUACAUGAAGGCAGAGGUGCUGUACCACAUGGCAGAGUUUGAAUUUGCGCUGGUGUUUUACCACAAAGGACUGAAGCUGCGUCCACAAGUCCAGGAGUUCAGGCUGGGAAUCCAGAAAGCUCAAGAGGCCAUAGAGAACUCCAUCGGCAGUCCGUCAUCCGUGAAGCUGGAGAUUGAAGGAGACCUGGCUUUCUUCAGACAAGACGAGGUAAAAAGAUCAAAUCUGAUUUCUGCGAUUGAGAAUUUGAUUAAGGAGAAGAAACAACAGAGCCAGAAAACCCCGAAGAAGGAGAAAACGUCCAGAAAGAUGAUGGGAGAGUUUUACAGCGACAGGAAAUAUCUGGAAAGUCUGAUGAAAGAUGAAGACUUGGUAAAAGGCAAAACGAAGGGCGGCGAGCAGCUGGAGGAGGUCAUCCAGGGCUGCCUCUCGUAUCUCGACACCUGCACCAAUUUCUGGAAGGAGGAGAGUCCGAUCUGUGCACGGGAAAAGAACCGCAAACAGCAAAACCUCGGCAAACCUCGACACGGUGCGCCUUCUGAGCACGCUCAGUUCCUCCUGAAGAGUCUGGAUAAGAUAGAUGCAGAUCUGGAAUGUGGAAAUGCACAAGGCAGCCUGAAGAAAGUCACAGAAGUCAUGAAGGUCGUGCAGAAGUGGUCGGACAAAGAGGUUCCUGAUAAAAGCGAGAUUCUCGGCGGCCUGCACAGCUGCAUGGGAAACGCUUUGUUCGACCUGGGAGACGUGGACAAAGCUUUGGAGCAUCAUCACAAGGACCUGGAGCUCGCUGAGCGGUGCAAAGUGCCAGAAGCCAUAUCCAGAGCUUUGGACAACAUCGGCUGGGUUUACGCCCAAACCGGACAGUUCGAACAAGCUGCUGAGUUCUGGGAGAAGCAGCUCCCUUUGGUCCGUGGUGCUUUAGAGAAGACCUGUUUGUUCCACGGACUCGGCUGCUGCUACCUGAUGCUCGACCGGCAUGAAGAAGCUCGAGACUUCGGCCUCCGAUCAGCUGCUGCCGCUGACGAAGCUGCAGACGAGAAGUGGCAGAUGAAUGCUAAUGUUUUGGUCGCACAGUCAGAAUUGAAGCUCGGAAACUUUGAAUCCAGCGCCUUUUACUUUGAAAGGGCUUUGACUCAAGCCAAACUUGAGGAGGACAACUUUGCCAUGAACGCCGUUCGGAAGGCUCUUGAAGAAGCGAAGCAGCAGCUCCCACAGUGAGGGGAAAAAGCAGGAAAAGAAAGAUCAAUUCCUCAAAAGGUUAAACAGAGAUUUGAAGCACAAUUACAAAGCGUGGUGAUGCUGAUUAAACUCACAAUAUUAUAGACAAGAGUUACAUGUGUGAAGGUGGCCUGUUCUCUCAGGAAUAAAAGUCUACAUGGGGAAAAACAACGCAAUUAAAAGCUCAGUUUCUGGUGGUUAUCUUAACAAAAAGAUCAUAUUUACUAAAUCCGAUGUAUUUUAUCACAUUAUUUCUGAAGGACAAAUGCUUUUUUUUUGUUUUUGCAGUAUUGUCAAAGUUCCUUCUCCGAUCACUGAUUAAACUCAUCUUUGAGCAUCAGCGUUA